ACCGCCCAUCACACACCCCAGCACACCAGCGCAGGAAACUUAUAACCUCAGGAGGCAGGUCCCUCCCCUCACUGUGGUCACAAACCUCCAGACGAGCAGACCGGGCAGCUGCCAGCUCCUGCCACUCCAGGCACCUCCUUUGCUGGGACCCUCAGCCAGCGCCUCGGGCUUCCCAGAAAGCUCUCUUGCGCCAUCUGGUAGAGGAUAUCUCCACUAGCCUUUGUCUGGGAGAAUCUCACCCACUCUCUGAUGAAUCAUGGACAUUGGAGCUCUGCGGGACUCUCCUGUUGCUCACAGGGCCUCGGCUCCCUGUUUCUGAUUAUGUUAUGCCGCCAGGCUCAGGGUAUUCUUCAAUGACUCAAGCCCGGGAUUUCCACCACUUCCUUUGCUGGAGAAGACUCCAAACUCACCAACUCAUCAAAAAGCCAAGAUGUUGGUAUUACUGGCUGGCAUCUUUGUGGUCCACAUCGCCACCGUCAUUAUGUUAUUUGUUUCCACCAUUGCCAAUGUCUGGGUGGUUUCAGAUGUUUCAAGAGAAUCAAUAGGCCUUUGGAAAAACUGCAGCAACGGUAACUGCGAGGGACCCCUGCCAUAUGCCGAUGAAGAUGCGCUCAAGGCAGUGCAGGCCUUCAUGAUCCUUUCCAUCAUCUUCUCCGUCAUCUCCCUCGUGGUCUUCGUGUUCCAGCUCUUCACCAUGGAGAAGGGAAACCGUUUCUUCCUCUCAGGGGCCACCAUGCUGGUGUGCUGGCUUUGCAUUAUGGUUGGGGCCUCCAUCUACACUCAUCAUUAUGGGAGCGGUUAUGGAAAUAUAUACGCCCAAAGCCACCACGGCUAUUGCUUCAUCCUGACCUGGAUCUGCUUCUGCUUUAGCUUCAUCAUUGGCAUUCUCUACCUGGUCCUGAGAAAGAAAUAAGUCUGAACAAGUGUAUGGGGAUCUGGGGGGUGGGGAGGAGGGAGCCAUGGAAUCUGGGAGGGAAGUGAGAGUUGCUCUGCAGGAAAAGCCAAGCCAGGGGAGGGGGGAGGGGGGGAGGACAUGAGGGUGGGAGAGGCUGAAACCCAAACUGUUACUCAGGAGGUUUCCUACUGUCAAGCUCCUGCCCUUGGGAGAAAGUAGUUGGCUAGAACUUCCAUGCUCCCGAGAUGUGGGCCAGAGAGCCUCUCUCCAGCCACCAGUUCUCAGUUACACACACUGCAGGGGGCCCACCGGCUGCCACACCACUGGCUCUGCUUCUGAGGGUGAAUUCUGGGUCUUGCACUGUGGUCCUCAGACCUACUGCACCAAGUUAAAAUAGCGGUACAAGUUCCAACAAGGGCAGAUCUUGUUUUUGUACUGAGUAUGCUAAGCCUGGAAGCCCUCCUGCCCUCCUGACCCAAAGCAAAACAUCACAUUCCAGUCUGAAGGGUCCCCAGGAGGGCUUCGGCUAGCACGCCAUUAUCCCUCUUGAAAGCAAAUAGUUAGCUCUGUGCAAUUCAGUGGUAUUUGCGACAAAAUGGUUGGAAGGGACAUAGUCAUGAAGCCAAAUUGGUGGGUUAGUUAAAUCAAGAAAGAGAACUUUUCACAGUACUCAGACAGCUGUCCCUCCUGGAUACUUCUUGCUACGGACUUUGCUAGGCCUCUUGCUUAGAGCUAGGGCGGCUCUUCUGGAGUUUCUGUAAUGCCACAAAUGACCAAUUCUGUGGUGAAAGCACCACACUAAUUAUGGGCUCACGGGGCAGUCUUGCAACAAUGCUAUAUUAGGGUUAUGAUUUUAGGAUUCCCUCUCCCUGCAAGCAAGGAUUCUUUUAAAUAUAGAAUGAGAGAAACAGACAUAGCUCCUUGUAAUGCACUCUGUUACUCUCCCUCGAAAUUAUAAACUUUUCAGGAUGUUUUAUCUAAUUAUCCAUAUUGGGGACCAGAGGCAACUCUGGCUUUCACACUGGCUGGAGUGGUCAGCUUUCAGAAAGCCUGCCUAUCCUGCUUCAUAGGUGAGGCAAGACAAUUCUGGAAGCUUAUUGAAACACACACAAACCAAAACCAAACAAUAGGUCCUUGGGUGAAAGGUGCUAUGUCAUUGGAAAGUGUUAAGCAUAUUAGAUUUAAGUCAUGAUAAGAAUGGAGUGCCUGUGCUCCCAGGAAAAUAAGAAAAUUUCUGUGAGAGAAGUAAAAUUAUAGGUGAUGGGCAGAUAUUUUCUUUAAGGACAACACACACACACAAAUCUCUGGUGGUGCCAGGUCAGAUGGUAAUUGAUCUGCCUGUUGCCACAGAGCUUUUCUAUAUAGGACUUAGAAGUAGUAUGUUAUUCCUGGUUAAGCAGGCACUGCUGUAGCCUGGAGCAGCUAUUUUAAGCCAUCUCAGAUUCUGCCUAAAGGGUUUAUUUUAGGAAGACAUUUCCUUGAUCACCAUGAGAAGAUCUACCUUAGGGAGAAUCUGAGACAUCUUGCCUACUUUUCUUCUCCUAGCUCUCUCCUCAUGUCAUUCCUUAUAUACUUUUCCUUUUUGGGGAGUUGUUAUGAUUGCUAGUAUUUAUGUAAAAGGACUCUUACUAAGUAUAUUUCUCUAUGUUCAUUCUGGUUAAGGGAAUGUUGAGGACAGACCACUGAAUUAUCUGGGUUGAAGGUAGAGAGGCUGGCAAGCAAAAACUAUGGGAUAAUAAACUUUUUACUAUCAUUUAAUUAUCAUAUGAUUAUAGAAGGUUGUCUUACGUGCAGAAGCCUAUUUACAUAUCAGAUAUAUUCAAAAGAGAUAAUCACAUUAUGUUAAAAAGUCAGACUAUGACUGGAGUGAACCAUGUAGUCCCAUGUCUUUUACUUUGUUUCUGUGCCAUUUAUGUCUCAUGUAACUGCAUUACAUUGGUGGGUUGUUCUAGUACUGUAUUUGGCUUCUUCUUUAAUAGAUUGAUAUUUCAUAUACUAUAAUUGUAAAUAUUUUGAUACAAAUGUUUAUAACUCUAGGGAUAUAAAAAUAGAUUCUGAUUCCCUUCA